AUGAGUUCUUCCCAGCGUGAGCGCACUCGGCAGAAGAAUGCAGAGAGACAGCGGUUACGCAGGGCCCAGAGAAAAGCUGAAGAAGUGGAAGCUGAUCGUGAAAGAAAUCGCCUAUCUCAUCAGGCCCAGCGAUCGCUGCGCACUCAAGUUGCACGAGAGCAUGAGCGUGAACAGCAGGCCGAGGACGAGCGUAAGGAGGAGCGUGAAGCGAAUGCUGUGGUUCAGGCUACGCAACGCUCCCAGCAGACUGACGACGAGCGUCACAUAGAGCGUGACGCCAACCGAGAUUCCUGCUCAGUAAUUCCAUAA